CAUCCCCACCCACUCUGAACACUGAAGCAGAACUGAAACCAGGCACAACUCUGCUUGAAAUCAAUUAACAGACUAACUGGGAAAACACCUCUGUACUCUGGAAUACAAGAUCACAAAAGGGACAUGUGUGGAAUCUGAAGGCGGAUUUUUAAAGAUAUCACCGGACAGACGAUAAGAAAGGACUACGCUGUGAGUCUGGUUCAGGUUUUCACAAGCUGGUUGUGUGACGCAGAUUGUGGACUGAAUACAUCGAGACGGGACGAUGAGUGAACUGGAACAGUUGCGGCAGGAAGCGGAGCAACUGCGGAACCAAAUUAGAGAUGCCCGGAAAGCAUGUAGUGAUUCCACUCUGUCCCAGAUCACAGCUGGUCUGGAUUCUGUGGGUCGGAUCCAGAUGAGAACACGACGCACGCUGAGGGGUCAUUUAGCCAAAAUCUACGCAAUGCAUUGGGGAUCAGACUCCAGGCUACUUGUCAGUGCUUCUCAAGAUGGCAAACUAAUCAUUUGGGACAGUUACACAACAAACAAGAUGCAUGCCAUUCCUCUGAGGUCAUCCUGGGUCAUGACCUGUGCCUAUGCUCCCUCUGGAAACUAUGUUGCCUGUGGUGGCUUGGACAACAUCUGCUCUAUAUACAGCCUAAAAACCAGAGAGGGUAACGUUAGAGUCACCAGAGAGUUACCUGGGCAUACAGGUUAUUUAUCUUGCUGUCGUUUUUUGGAUGACAACCAGAUUGUGACCAGCUCAGGCGACACAACCUGUGCUUUAUGGGACAUUGAGACUGGCCAACAGACUACCACAUUCACAGGCCACACUGGAGACGUCAUGAGCUUGUCCCUGAGCCCCGACAUGAAGACAUUUGUAUCUGGUGCUUGCGACGCUUCGUCUAAACUGUGGGACGUUCGAGACGGAAUGUGCAGGCAGUCAUUUACUGGCCAUGUCUCCGAUAUCAACGCUGUUUGUUUCUUCCCCAAUGGAAAUGCCUUCACCACGGGCUCCGAUGAUGCAACCUGCCGGUUGUUUGACCUGCGGGCUGACCAGGAGUUAAUGAUGUACUCCCACGACAACAUCAUCUGUGGAAUCACCUCUGUAGCUUUCUCAAAAAGUGGCCGCCUCUUGCUUGCAGGCUACGAUGAUUUCAACUGCAAUGUGUGGGACACCUUGAAGGGAGAGCGUGCUGGUGUUCUUGCUGGCCACGAUAAUCGUGUGAGCUGUUUAGGAGUUACUGAUGAUGGCAUGGCUGUAGCCACAGGAUCUUGGGACAGUUUCCUUAGAAUCUGGAAUUAACCAGGUUGGGGGAUACAAAGGUUAACUAUGUCCUCUGCUGAGAUCCAGGGGGAUUCACUGCUGCAGCCUACAGCUGUGAGAAAGUAACAUUCUUUCUACCUUGUAUUUCCAGGUGAAACUUUUUCUAUUCACUUACUACACAAAGCUUUCAGUAAAUAGUCCAAUUGAAUGAAGAAAUGAAAAAUUAACCCUGGCAAACCUCUGACUUUUGACAGGGGCUAGCAUGUUACCAUGGUGACCAAGAAGCUAGGAGCCAGUCAUUGUUAUAUAUAUUUUUUUUUUGCCCGACCCCAGAUAUUGGUUUAUAGCUUGUAUUUAACCUGGGACGUCACACUUUGGUUGUGGAUGAACUGAAUGCUGUUAUACAAUUUCUUAGUGGACUACUUAACUUUUGGAUAAAGGUUAGCCUAAGCCUUGUUUUGUGUUAAUAUUUGCCAGCUAUUUUGAUAAUGGAUGCUUGAAACUUAAUCUGGUGGUGCCUCUUUGGUGAUGAAUACAGUAUUAUUUAAUAGUUUCUUCUUCCUGCCCCUGCCCCACCGUUUGAAUAUGUGGCUUCAUUUGGGUUAAUACAGAAAAUAUUUAAGAUUUUAAAUUAAUGGCAUAUUCUUAAACUGAAAUUUACUGAGCUAUUAAUAAUCCCUCCCUCCCCCCCAUACAGCAGUUGGCUCACUUCUGGCCAUCUGGUAUCUUCCUAUUGAUGAAAGUUUUAAUAUAUUUUUUGUCAUGAAAAGCACUGAAGUACUGUUGUGAGGACUGCCAACUCCUGCGCAAUUCAGGAGCAGGUUUCAGUCUCUGCUCGGACACAGAUCUACUGAGUAUGUUGACCUUGACUAAGUAAAGGCAGCAGGACCACGACUAAAUUAGGAAACUGAAUCUCAGUUUUAGUUAGAAUUUAAUAUCCGUAUUUCCUGUGUUCUCAUUUGACUUGAGUAUUAUUGUUAUUGUAUGAAUGCCAGUGUUGGCUAAUUUUCUAAUGUAGCAUGAUAUGCUGUUAUUCCUGCAAAUGCAAGGAUUUUCCUCAGCAUUUAAUAAGAAGAUCGCAGACAGCCAAAGCCCCUCUGAGCCUUCAUUUACCAUUACCCACCUGUCUCCGAAUAAAUAAGUAAAUAAAUUGCAUAUCCCUGCUCACCACUGAGUGCCGCUACUGGGUAGUAGACAUUCCGUCUGUAAAUGCUUUCUUUUAAUCUUGUGUCUGUAAUCACUAUGUGCACUGUUUUCUAAACACAAAUGUUUCAAGCAGUAAGAGUGGUUUAGCAAAGAAAGAAUACUUUGUACAGUGAACAAAAAAAAUGCAUGCAACAAUAGUUCAAAUGUAAUCAGAAAGCACAUUUUAGCAUUUGUCAUUUUAAAAAAUAAAUAAAUAAAUUCCAAGCAUCAUUCAAACUGACAAGGUAAAGAUCUAGUUUUUUAACUUUCAAGUCCUUGAGGCCAGUAUAGAAAACAUCAUUUUGCCAGCAUUCAGGACAUGUUUCCUUUAAAUCUUGAGUUAUUGGGAGGCAGUGGUGUGCUAGUUCUUUUAGAACUUGUUUAGAUUUAACAAAGCAGUGCUGAUUUAUUUAAUUUUUUGGCAGUGGUGCUAUUACCUGAUUCUAAUGAUCACAGAUAGGAAUGCAUAACAGUGAUGGGUAGUGACACAGCACAUAUUUGUUUUGCCUUGCAGCUUACAAAGAAUUUAGAAUUGUAGUCCAAGUGCAAGCAAACAUCCAAAUACACUUGCCUUUUGAAAGCAGUAUCUAAUUGAUUGGAUCUUGACCUUUCUGCCUUGCAGUGGAGUAUCACAUACCCAAUAAUUUGAUCUGGUUAAACUAACGUGGUCAAAGCAAACACAUUGUGGAAGAGUUGGAGCUGGUGUCCCAUUGCUGCCUCGUGCUGAUUUGCAUGUUUCUUUAGAUUCUGAAGAGAAUAGUUGUUUGAAAGAACAGGUUGGUUUCAUUAUGAAGCAUUCUACUAGAUGUAGGCCGUAUGAUAGUGCCAGCCAUCUCCCCACAUCAAAAAGGUUAAACAUGAUAUUUAAGGUUCUCAAUAGCUUAAUGAAUAAUCUAGUCUCUGACUGUACCAGAAACUUAUUCCAUACUCUCCAUGCCUGUGCCCUUCAGACUAUGCCUAUACAUUUUUGUUGACGUGCCAAUAAAUGUGCCAAUGGGGAGAAUUCUGCACUUUGGGGAAAUCACAUAAUAGUAUUUUAAAUACUACAGUAUUUAGAAAAAACCUGGGACCAAGUUAAAUCUGAAAACAACACUAAAGAAAACACAAAGAGGUAUCCAGUAAUUUGGUUUCUUAAAAUGUAUGUGCAUUUUAAAGUUUUUCUGCUUUUCAGAGAACUGAAAUGCAACAUGCAGCUCCUUCGUUCCAGGCAGUUUUCUGUAAAUCAUUUUAUCAAGUUGAAUAGAUGGGUUACUUGCUACAGUUACUACUAAAAUGUUUAUUAUAUUUAUUGAUUAUUAAGAAAUUUUUAAUCAUGUAGUGAUUAUGGUAGCAGUUGUGAGUGAGUUUUAGCUGCAUCGCCCUGAUUUUUUUUAUUCUUACUAUUUUUAAGUAUACAUAUAUUGACAAUAGAAUGUGGUUUCCAGAAAAAUCAUUAAAGUAACAGUUAGGUAUAGUGUAUUGCAAAGUACUAAGUGUUGAAAGAAUUUUACUGUAACAUGGUGUCAAAUUCCAUGCAUCAUUUUGCUAUAUCUAAAGCUACAAAUGUGUAUUUUUCUGCCCCCAAAAAUCUGUUUAUUUUAUUUUUGUAUAAUCAUUGCUCAAUGCUUUUUUUUUUUGUUUGUUUUUUGUAUUUUUGCUGUAGCAGGUGGUAGUUCUACAUUAGCCAGUGCCCCAAAAUUAAGAAAAUGGCUGAGUUUCAUAAGUUGCCUAACAUGAUGAUAAAGGUGCCUAGUGCAUGAGUGCCCUGUUUAGCUGAAAUACUGCUUGGUGCCGAUUUUGUAUAAUUGUGAAUAUCAGUUCUAUUUUAAGAAAAAAAAUGUACAUGCAAACUUAGCCUUUAAUUCAGUUGACCCAGUUUUACAAAUAACUGGAUCCCAUAACUUGUUGCGUAAAUCAGCAUCUGCAGUUUUAAAGUUGUUGUUUUUUUCUUUAAUCUGAGAUGACAAUAACCCUAACAAUUGCAAACAAUGAGGCUUUGCAAUGUUUCAUUCCUAACACAAUACCUGUUUUUAAAGUAUCUUCCUCUGUGUCAAAACAAAAGCAAACUUGCUGUAGAUGCUGUUAAAGGUUUUCUCCCUGAAUAAUGAGCCACCUAUGGAAAUGCCACAAUCUUUCUAGAAAGGGAUGUGUCUUGUAUUGUAAAAAUAACAGGCAGGCAAUUACUGCAGUGUUCUGUGUAAAAAUGCAACAGUAUUAACAGUUUUAACAUUAAAUAAAGAUGUCACAUUAAAUGUGCCUGUACAGUACAGAGCUUUUUGUUGGAGCUGGGACUGAGGCUCUCAAAGUUUGAAAAGCAACAUUUAUUCCACCAUUUUAAUUGCCAUCUCAUCACCCCACCUUCUCCAGAUUGUAUGUUAUCCAUGAUCAUAUAUUUUGUUUAGGAGGAAUAAUAUGCCACCAUAGGUAAUAUUUACAAUAACUCCUUUUGUAUCCAAGACAAAGGCUUCCUUAUACAAGAGGUGGUGUCCCGUGCCUCACUAUUUUGUAUCCCUGGUUUUGGUACCUAAUGCAGAGCCUAGGUAUCGGAAAAAUCUAACUUGUACCACCGAGGAAGAGGACAUUUUGGAGUAUUAUGGAAAAACUUUGAGGGAGCUCCUAGUUGUCCCAGCUCAGCUUUCCAUUAUUCGUGUUCUGUUUUGUUACCACAACAUUGACACUGAUUUAGUAACAAUGCACUGCCUUUUGGCUCUUUGUAUGUAUUUCAACAAAAUGUCUUAAGGUUUUUUUAAGUUUUUGAGCCAGUCAAAACCAGGGACUUUGUGCCAUGCGUUUUCUCCUGCAGUGCUAUUGUGUGAAAUUUAUUAUAAUCACUUGCUAUGAGAACUUUUUGUUAAUAGUCUGUUUUUUCACACCAGAUAUUUUUUUUUCUUUGUAUUUGUACAGUGGCUCGGUGAAACUGAUAUGUUGCCAUGAAUUGAUAUUGUAACCAAUAAAAAAAGAAAAAAAAGCUUUUAACUAAG